AUGAAGGUCACGAUUAAGCAAUGGAAUGCUGUAGCAACGUGGCGAUGGGACAUGCCAGAAGAAGAUGUUUGUGGCAUCUGUCGUGUCCAAUUUGACGGUACCUGUCCGACUUGCAAAUAUCCUGGGGACGAUUGCACACUUUUGAUUGGAAAAUGUGGCCAUUCAUUCCAUAUGCACUGCCUCUUAACAUGGAUUCAACAAGAGUCCUCUAAAGGCCUCUGUCCUAUGUGCCGGCAGAAGUUUGAAUGGAAGCAAGAAGACGAAUGA